AGUCUCUCUGUUGAGGUGCUCACGGAUUGACCACUCCUCUGGGCUUUUCUUCUACCUUGGAUAUUUUGGGGGGAAAGCUAAUCCGCAAACAUGACUGACGCACAACAAGAGGCCCGCUCCUACCUGAGCGAGGAGAUGCUGGCUGAGUUCAAGGCUGCCUUCGACAUGUUCGACACCGACGGUGGCGGUGAUAUCAGCACCAAGGAGCUGGGCACCGUGAUGAGGAUGCUGGGUCAGAACCCCACCAGGGAGGAGCUGGAUGAAAUCAUCGAGGAGGUGGACGAGGACGGCAGCGGCACCAUCGACUUCGAGGAGUUCUUGGUCAUGAUGGUGAGGCUGCUAAAGGAGGACCAGGCCGGCAAGAGCGAGGAGGAGCUGGCAGAGUGCUUCCGCGUCUUCGACAAGAACGGCGACGGCUACAUCGACAGAGAGGAGUUUGCCCUCAUCAUCCGCAGCACCGGCGAGCCCAUCACGGAGGACGAGAUCGACGAGCUGAUGAAGGACGGAGACAAGAACGCUGACGGCAUGCUGGACUUUGACGAAUUCCUCAAGAUGAUGGAGAAUGUGCAGUAAACCAGGAGAGACUCAACGGACAUUCCUCCACCCUGGUCCUGUCAGCGCCUCCACCGCCCUCCGCCCGCCUCUCCUCUACAUCCUCAUCCUCAGCAGACGCAGGGGGAGGGGGGGUGGGGCUGUGACCCCGCCCCCCCCUCCUGGCUCCUGGUGACGGCAGACCGCCUCUGGAUGUCGCCCCCCCGCCCCCCCGCUGGUGACACAAACUGAUCCAGAUGUAGACUAGAUGGACGGUGUAGAGGAGCGGCCUCCACCCACCCACUCGCUCUCUGCUAUUUAUGGUCUGUGUAAAAAAGAAAAAAGCUUUUUUUUGUUUUGAGGAAUAUCAAUAAAAUCCACUUGU